UCGCGAUCGGAGACGACGCUGCAUUCAACAUCAAGGUACGCGUGGUGAUGCAAUAGCAAUAAUUUGACGACGCAUCCGCAGCAGCACUGCAGCGCUCCUGCAACCAUGCCGAAGGACGCAUCCCUGGACCUCUUCCUGGGCCUCUACGUGCAGGUCUGGUGCCUGCAGCUGCUCAAGGAGCGCGCCCGCGGCGCGUUGCUCACGCCCUGCGUUUUGGCCUUGGCCGCGGCCGUCGCUUUUGCUGGUGCCGCGUUGGUACGACGACGGCACAAGCACGAGGCGCGGAAAGCCGUCGCGGCCGCCGGCCUCUAUUACUUAGUGAGGCGCGGCUCGUCGAGCAACCACGUGCUGCUGCAGGCGCUCCUCGCCGUGGCCGUGCUCGAGGCGAGGGACGGCGCCGCGCUGCGCGCCUACGGCCGCCAGCUCCUGGGCGCGCUGUACGGCAUGACCGCCCUGGCGAAGCUCAACGACGGCUGGGUCGACGGCCGGGGCAGCUGCGUGGCGCUCAUCGCGGCGGCGGGCGUCCACGAGCUCGGGCUGCCGCCGCCGCCGCGGGCGGUCUUCGCGGCGCAGCCGUACGUCGGCAUCGUCGCCGAGGUCGCGCUCGCGGUCGCCUUCGCGCUGCGCUCGGCGGGCCGCCUCGGUUCCCGGCGCUGGACCAUCGCGCUCGCCGUCGCCGGCGGCGCGUUCCACGUGCUGCUCGCGGCGCCGCGGCCGCCGCUGUCGGUCUACCCCUUCUCGGCGCUCAUGGCGCCGCUCUUCGCGCUCGGGCUCAGCGACGGCAGCGACCUGGACGGUGCGAAGGCCUCGCUUGGGCUGGCCCUCGGGUCGGUCGCGCUCGCCGAGGCCCACAAAGUAGCGGUCGGCGCGGCCGCCGCGCGCGUCGAGUACCCGCCCUACGUGUCCUGGGACCUCGGCCUGUCCUGGUGCGCGCUGGCGUUCGUCCUGGUCGCGCGCGACGCCGUCGCGGCGCCGCCGCGGCGGCCGGCGCGUGUGCAUCGGACGUCGCUGGCCGCGAUGCUUCUAUUGCUCGCGAGCGCGCUGCCCUACGUCGGCCUGCGGACGCACCCGUCCUUCAUCAUGUUCUCGAACCUGCGCAUCGAGGGUGGCCGGUCGAACCACUGGUUCCUUUCCAGUAGUGUCUUGAGGCGGAUCGACCUCGGCGGCGGCGCCAUGGCCGACACCGUUAUCGUGUAUAAGGCGUCUCCCGCAAUCCGCGACCUCGAGGUCGACCUCGGCCGGUACAUGGACCCGCGCGUGGCGGCCGCCGUGGACGCCGCGAACGCGUCGCGGCGCUUCCUCAUCUCGCCUCCACUAGGUGCGUGGCCCCUGCCGGACUGGCCGGCGCCGGCGGGCCGCGCCGCCGACACCUUCGCCGUGCCCUUCGUCGAGCUCCGGCGGCGCGUGAGCGCCGCGGCGGCGGCCGGGCUCGACGCGGCCGUGACGUACGGGCGGGCCGGCGCGCGGCGGACCUUCGCCAUAAAACGGGACGGGUCCCUCGCGGCGGGCUCGGACCCGCUGCUGCGGGAGCCGCUGCCCGCCCCGUGGCGCUGGGUCUACCGCUUCCGGCCCUUCGACGCGGAGGGCGUCGUCCACUGCCGCCACUAG